AUGCCCUUUUUUCUAUGGCCCCUGAUAAAUCCAGGACCAGAUGGUUUUAGUCCCGCUUUUUUUCAACAUUUUUGGAGCGAGAUAGGGGAUGAUGUGGCUCGGUUUAUUCUUGGUUAUUUAAAUGGACAGAAUUGGCCUACGGGGAUGAACGAUGCUCAUGUAACUUUGAUUCCUAAGAAGUCCACACCAGUCUAUAUGGGGGAUCUCCGACCAAUUGCGCUCUGCAAUGUGACCUAUAAGAUAUUAUCAAAAAUGUUGGCUAAUAGACUCAAAGAAGUCCUGAAUGGGGUUAUAUCUGCCGAACAGAGUGCUUUCUUGCAUGGCCGGCUUAUAACCGAUAAUGUAUUUAUUGCCUCGGAGGUUAUUCACUACUUACACCGGAAAAGACAAGGAAACACUGGUUGGUGUGCACUGAAGCUUGAUAUGGCCAAAGCUUAUGAUAAGAUGGAAUGGGGUUUUCUAAGGCAGAUUAUGUUACAUAUGGGCUUUGCAGACCAAAGGGUUGGGUACUUAUUGGGGAAGGCAGUUCAUAAUCGAGAGAUUUCCCCGUGUGUGGUGGCGCGUGGUGCUCCCGGAGUGUCUCAUCUUUUCUUCGCCGACGACAGCCUCCUCUUUUUCAAAGCAACAUCUUCUGAGGCUAUUAGUGUGAAAGGAUGCCUCACGGCAUAUGAGGCAAUGUCUGGCCAAAGCGCCGUGGAGAAUCUUGGCAAGUAUUUAGGAUUGCCAUUGGGGAUUGGUCGAAACAGGAAGGAGGUGAUCGCUUAUCUGGAGACCAAGCUGAGGCAUCGCCUUGCUGGAUGGCAUAAAAAGUAUUGGUGGGAGCAAGGUAAUGAAGGUGGUGGAAUACGAUGGAUGGCAUGGCAAAGAAUGUGUACUCCCAAAACUGAUGGUGGAAUGGGAUUUAAGCAGCUAAAUGAAUUCAACCUUGCGCUGUUAGCCAAACAAGAAAUUGGCUCUAGUCCUAGCUACGUUUGGCGCUCUAUUUUAGCAGGCAAGGAUAUUCUAUCGACUGGCUGUGUUAAACGUAUCGGGAAUGGCGAAGAUACCUUGAACCAUGGCAUGACUGUUAGCGAGCUGAUCGAUCCUGUGACUAAGGACUGGGACGUGCAGAAGUUAGCAACAUGCUUUGAGGAUCGGGACAUUGAUUUGAUCCGCAAAAUUCCGGUAGCUCCAGUUAUAGUGAUAGCUGGAACUGGAAAAAUGAUCUCAAAGGCCAGUAUCAAGUGA